AAGUUUUCAUUUGAUUAUUUUUCAAAACUUUCGACGAUGUGUCGAUGAACUUAGUUCUUUGUAUGACGAAAAACACAAUCAAAAAAUUCAUUUUAUCACAGUAUUUAAUCGUUAGCUAAACAGCAAUCGACCGUGUGGGUGUUCCAAGAUGAGCCAAAUCCAACAAAAGUUGUUCGAGUACGAAGCACUUCGAAGCAAAUUGUCGCCUGUUUCAUCGGGAGAAUGGGUCAUGUCGCCAUUGUUCCCCUAGAGCAACGUAGGACUGUCAAUUUUGAGUGGUACACGACCAUUUUUUUGUCGGAGGUCUUCGGAGAAAUUCGCAAAACCAACUGCCCAGCACGAAUCAUUUUUUAUCGUGUCAAUGCGAGCUCUCACACAUCUCGACAAAUAGUCCUGACUUGGCACCCAAUGACUUCUUUUUAUUCCCUCACAUCGAAGAAACGGGGUGGUUUACGAUUUACGAGCGCUGAAGAAGCAGUUGUGAUAUCACAGGAGUAUAUAGGUUACAUCAACCAUAAACUCACGUCCGACACAUGACUCAAAUGCUGCCCGCCAGAUAGUAUCUAACGGGAGGCAUUAGAAGUUUCGGUCUAAUAGUUGCUGUAGAAGGAAUGGAGCGCUGUUAAUUUAUCCAGAUUUGGAUGCAGUUAUAUUAACAACAGAAUGUUUUGAUUUUAUUAACGAUCCACCAUUCCAUCAAUAAGAUCAAAGCUACGUUUAAUAUUUCUACAACAGUAGAUGCAAUUUUUGUGGUACUCUUAAAAAUUCCUCGUCUUCCUUAUGUGAAAUAAUGAUGAGGAUGUCGAAACUUCUAUAUAACGCAUAAUUUGAAACGAUAAAUAUUUGCAUACGUUUGUUAUAGAGAAAUUUUAAAGAAAAUUAUAUGCUUAAAAAUAUUUACAAAUUUAAAAGUGGUGAAUAAUACA